UAAAUGUGUACAAAGUUUAUUCACUUUGAUUUUGAAAGUGGGAUAUUUUGUAUUUUUAAUGUGUUAAGUGUGUUGUGGAAAUAAAAAUUAUAAUAACAAAAGAAUUUCCGUGUGCCCUUUUUUACUUGUUGCAAUGUCUCGAGGUGGUCGUGGUGGAAAAUCAGGUUCUUCGUUAACACAAGAACAAAUGCAGUCCUUAGGUAUAGGGCCAGGAAUGAAUAAAGAAAUGCCGUCCAUAGCAGUUCCGCCCCCAACUUUUCCAGCUCUUAUGUCGAAACCUGUGCCUUUUGAAAUAUCGACAGCUGAAAACUAUAAAAUACUAUGGAAAGAAGAUUUCUUAAAUUAUAUGAGAGACUCUCCUUAUUAUUUACUUCCAAAAGUAGGCAAAGACCUUGGUCAAAGAUUUGCUGAGCAAUAUAAUCAAUCAUUAGAAAAAACAAAAGGAAAAAGAAAACUUGAUAUUCCUUGCGACUAUCUUCCAUUAGAAUUACAGACAUCGGGUUGGAAAAGAAAACAAAAUAUCAGAAAUACAAAAGGGAAAAAAGCCAAACUUUCAGUUGAACAGUGUCUUAAUAUACUAGAACAAAAAGAAAAAUCAGACGUAGAAAAGCAAGAAAAUAAUUCCGACACUGAAGAAGACGUACAAGAAGAACAAGAGAACGAGAAUGAAGUUGAUGACGAUGAAAUGGAUGAAGAAAAUGAUUAUGGUAAUAAUUACUUUGAUAACGGAGAAACAUUUAAUGAAGAAGACGACAAUUUAGACGAUGGACCAGUCUAUUAAACUUAAUAGUAAUUAAAUAAAAAUACUAAGGAAAAAAUCUCGUUUUGUUUUAAUCUACUUUAUUUAAAACACUUCACAUCUUACUUUUACUUAUAAAUGUAAUCCAUAUGCA